AUGCCACAACUGCUUUGUAUUCCAUUUAAGAGAAGUCUACCUGUGGAUCUGAAUGCCGAACUUUCCAAAGUCAUUGACCGCACUUUCUAUCAGGUAGCUUCGUUAUUUGAUGCUGAUCUAAAAACCAUUGACACACUCAGAAACUCUGCACUAGAAGCUGAGGUUUCGACUACUGGGCUGCAAACGCUCCAGGAAUACUACUUUCAGUUUAGUCGACUCAAACUGAAGUUUCCAGAUGAGCAAAUCACCUUCAAGUGGUUCGAAACUCUUGGACUUAAAUCCUACGGUCGAGAAGACACCAAGUUCGUUUUUGAAGAGCUAAACGUCGUUUACAACAUUGGAGCCCUGUACUCGCUUCUGGCUGCAGAUAUCAACAAUGGCUCUCCAGAAGGUCUUAAAGCAGCUUGCAGCUACUAUAGACUUGGUGCAGGCUGCUUUGAUUUUAUUUCCUCCCGGUUGGACCUCAUGAACGAUGCUGCCAUGGAGCCCAAAUCUAUCCGAAGCUUGAAGUUCCUGAUGCUGGCGCAAGCUCAAGAGAUUUUCUGGUUAAAGGCAGUCAGAGACGGCAUGAAGCAUAGCUUGAUAGCUCGGCUUGCUCUUCAAGUUGCCGAGUAUUACGACUCAUCUUUUAAAUAUGCUUCCACCAGUGAGCUCAUUAGGUCUGACUGGCAACAUCGAUUCGGUGUGAAAGCUAUCUACUUUCGAGCAGUCGCACUUUAUCGAUACAGUUUAACGUGUGACGACAACUCACUAUCUGGGCACAAAGUUAGGUCACUGAGAGACAGCUCUGCCCUUCUUAAACAGAUACACUCUGCGGACGAUACAGUGCACGCUUUGUCAGCAAAGGUAGAGGAAGCUCUCAAGGUUUCUGAACGGGAUAACGACUUGAUAUAUCUACAGAGUGUCCCUACGUCAAUUCCAAAUCUGAAAGCUGCUCCAAUGGUGAGCACACUAUAUUUUGAUGGUUUGCGAGAACCGUUAAGCCCUGAUCCUAGACAAGCUCACAGUGUUUUAUUCAGUGAUCUGUUACCAACAUUCGUAAUGGAAAGCUCCAAUGCUUUUAAUCGGCGCCAGGAACAGUAUAUUCAGCAGCAUGUUAUCGACCCUCUAAAAGCUCUCAAUAAGCUAGUUGAUGAAGAGCUACCGGCACACAAUGUAUCAAAAGAUCUCCGAUCUGUUCCAGAAGAAGAGUUAGAGUCGUGUCGCGGUUCACUAGAGGAAGCUGGCGCCAAUGCUCGACAGGUCGCUAGUGCCUUGCGACAAGUUUCUGAUAUUCUUCGUCGAGAGCAGGAGACUGACAAUUUAUUGAGAUUGAAGUAUGGUACGGCAAGAUGGACCAUAGAGCCUUCUGAGAAAGUCAAUGCCGAGUAUUUGUCCAGACAUUCCAAGUUAGAGUCCUACUUACAGACAGGGGAGGCGAUUGAUCGGGAAACGCUUCAACUGUUCGAAUCUAUCGAUAAGAGCCUUAUUACAAGUGACAUCAAGAUUCCCGAGUCCAAUAACCCUCUCGUCAAAGAGAUCUCGAGUGUGUUCAGCCGUCGCGAACAGAUAACUCUGCAAGCCAAAAAUAAGGCGACAACGACUGUACUUUUACCCAAAAUUGUCUCGCUGUACAAGCAGACCGGUCAAACAGAUUUUGAAGAUCUUUUUGCUGAGCAGCUUAAAGUCUAUGACGAAGACCUUCUUUCAAUCGAGAGGGAGAAAAAUGUUAAUAGAGUACUACUUGACAGGUUGAAAACGCAAGAUCGAGAAGGUGAAAGGCAAUAUGCUCAAGAUUUAUACGUUCAGGACUUCCAGUUUUCGCUUAAGCUACUCGAAGACGUCAAAGAAAACCUUAGCGGCGGAUCUAAGUUUUAUCGGGACCUUGUGUCCUCUGUAAGCUCGUUGUUGAGUGACGUACAAAUUUUUGAAGCGGCACGGACUGAAAAGAACAAGGAUGCUGAAAAGGAUAUUGCGCAAGGUUCCAACGACCAGCAUGGAUAA